AUGCCUCCACGAAGAGUGUACAGAAAUGUACCCGUGAAUGAGGAAGAACCCAGAGAACCUACACCGCCGUCUCCACCUCAAGAUAGGAGAGUGGAAGAACUUUUCUUAAGACAGAACCCACCGACUUUCGCAGGCACGGGAGACCCUGCUGAAACGGAAGAAUGGAUUCGUGCUAUGGAACGAAUCUUUCGAUUUUUGAGAUGCAACGACGCAGAACGUCUUAUGUGCGUGUCUUACCAGCUGAAAGGAACCGCCGACUAUUGGUGGGAAGCAAAGCAGAAAACUAUGGCCCCAGAGCAGUUAGAUGAACUCACUUGGGAGCUUUUUAAGACUGCUCUGUUGGAGUACGAUCGACUAUUCUGCGAUCUGGCCCGAUAUGCACCGUAUAGAGUGGAUACGGAUGAGAAGAUGUCCGAGUUGUUUUGCGCCGGACUGCGACAAGAGAUAAGAGUUGUAUUGGCAAGUCAAACGGCACUUUCCUACGCCGAGGCCUUGAACAGAGCUCUAGAUAUGGAGCUAGCAAUGCAACCAGAGAAAACAACACACACACCAACGCCUCCAUCAGCUCAAUAUACGCAAGUAUCAAACACUCCCUACUCUAACCAAGGACAGAAAGGAAAACGCAAAUGGGAAAAUCGUGGAAAUGAGGGUAAAAAGCCAUGGCAAGGUCAGAAUGUCCAGGCUCCAUUCGUGAAAGGCGAUAAAUUAUUUUAUGGUGGACCAGCGACCUCACACCCCGGACACCAAGGGAUACCCCCUUGUCCUAAGUGCAACAAGUUACACACAGGAGUGUGCAGAGCUGGAAACCCAAAUUGUUUCACUUGUGGGAAACCAGGGCAUUACUCGAGCCAGUGCCCCAACCGACAGCAAGGGAUGAGUGGAGGAAGACCCAAUCAGUUUCCAACCCCACAACUCAGAGCAAUGGAAGGAAUUCUUCCUCUACCUCAACCACUACAGCAACAACCUUUUCGCCGUCCAAACCAGCCUCAUAAGCAGCUACCUGCACCGCAAGCAGGAAUACCACCGCAAUAUCAAAGGAUGUAUGCUAUCAAUCAGAAGAAUCAGGAUAAGAACCAAGGAAACUUAACAGGUAUUGGGGAACUGAAAGGUGUACCCAUUGUUAUUCUCUUUGAUACUGGAGCAUCACAUUCUUUCAUCUCAUAUACUUGUGUGGAUACGUUAGAGCUGAAUCUUAAGGCUAAGACGUUGAGACUUCUGCGCAUGUGGACCACAGACAUCAUUUUGGGAAUGGACUGGUUAGCAGAACACCAUGCGGUGAUACAAUGCGAGCAGAGACGGAUAUCAUUCCAGCCACCUGGCCUGGAACCUACAUGUUUUUAUGCCAUCAAUAGGAAAUGGAAGAAGACACCUAUCAUCUCUGCAGUGCAAGCGAACAAGAUACUAAAAGAAAAGGGCGCGACAGCAUAUUUAGUAUACUUGAGCCAAGAAGAGGAAGCACAAAUAAAGAUUGAAGAUGUACCUAUAGUGCGGGAGUAUCAAGACGUUUUCCCUGAUAUUCUACCAGGUCUACCCCCGAACCGACAAUUGGAAUUCACAAUCGACUUGGAACCUGGAGUAGCACCAAUAUCCAAAGCACCAUAUAGGAUGGCACCAGCAGAAUUGCAAGAACUGAAUGUUUCGCCUUGGGGAGCAUCGGUCCUGUUUGUCAAAAAGAAAGACGGAAGUUUAAGAUUGUGUAUCGAUUACCGGGAAUUAAACAAGGUGACCCUAAAGAACAAGUAUCCUUUGCCACGUAUAGACGAUUUGUUUGAUCAACUUCGAGGAGCACGCGCUUUCUCAAAGAUAGAUUUAAGGACAGGGUAUCACCAAUUGAGGAUACGACCUGAGGAUAUUCCAAAGACAGCAUUCCGCACGAGAUACGGACACUAUGAGUUCAUAGUGAUGCCUUUUGGAUUAACAAAUGCCCCCGCCGUAUUCAUGGAUCUCAUGAAUCGAGUGUUUCACGAAUAUUUGGAUCAAUUCGUGUUGGUAUUCAUAGACGACAUCUUGAUUUACUCGAAGAAUGAGAAGGAUCAUGAAGAGCACCUUAGAACUGUGCUAGAGAAGCUAAGAGCUGAAAAGCUUUAUGCUAAGUAUAGCAAAUGUGAGUUUUGGCUACGAGAAGUCAAUUUCUUAGGCCACAUCAUUUCAGCUGCAGGAAUCAAAGUGGACCCUGCCAAGGUUCAAGCAGUGCAAGAAUGGAGAUCACCAACGACACCUCACGAGAUUCGUAGCUUCCUAGGAUUAGCAGGCUACUACCGUCGUUUUAUACAAGAUUUCUCCAAAAUAGCCAAGCCUAUAACUCAUAUGCUCAAGAAAGAAGUCAAAUUCUUAUGGACAGACGAAUGCGAACAAAGUUUUCAAGAAUUGAAGAAGAGGUUGACCACUGCCCCAGUACUAGCCGUUCCAGAAGCAAACAAGGAAUACACUAUCUAUACGGACGCAUCAAAGAAAGGACUAGGUUGUGCAAAGCCAACGUCGUGGCAGAUGCCUUGA